GCGCGUCACGCUGAGGAUUGUGGGAGUGGGGGGCCUACGUGAGGCUCGGAGCGGUCUCGGAGGCGUGUUUGGUUUCUUCAAGUAUUUGCCCAGUCAGACAUUUUAAAAUGGCAUCCAAACAAGAAAUAAUGAGUGACCAGCGGUUUAGGUGUGUUGCAAAGGACCCGAGAUUUUGGGAAAUGCCAGUAAAGGAUCGAAAAAUCAAAAUUGACAAGAGAUUUCGAGCAAUGUUUCAUGACAAAAAGUUCAAAUUGAAUUAUGCUGUGGAUAAAAGAGGACGCCCCAUCAACCAUAGCACUACAGAGGACUUGAAGCGUUUUUACGACCUUUCAGAUUCUGAUUCAGAUCUCUCUGAUGAAGAUAAUAAAGCAUUGAGCCAAAAGAAAAUGAAGAAGAAAAAACCCCAGACUAAAAACGAAAAAGAAUCAAAAAAUCUUGUUGAGGAGGAAAAGAAAGAAACCAAGAAAAUUAAUCAAAAGGAUUCUGGAAAUAAGAAUGAUUUAGAUAACUCCGAGAUAAUUCAGAAAAUGAAAACCUCGUGCAAAUCUAAGAAGAUAGAGUCAAUAAGUCCCAAGAACAAUAGCAAAGAAUUUAUACAAAAAAGUACAAAAGGGAAAAAAACCAUUGUUCAACAUAAUACAGACUUGUUUCCCAAAGGAAAAUUAAGAACAGUAGACUCGGGCACCUCUGAAAUUGCACAGUUUCCCAAAGUCAAGUAUUCUGAGACAGGAAGAGAAAUGCAAUCAGUGGUUCCAUUCAUAAUGGCAAGAGACAGUGAUGGUCAUGAAAACUCAGCAAGUGGUAAAAUGUUUGACAAAGAAGCUCUGAAGGAAGAUUCAGAAAGUGCUAGUGAAAUAGGAGGUGAUGAAGAAUCUGAAGAUGAAAUUACAGGCAUUUGUAGAGCUGUUGCUGCUGAUCUUCAUGAUGAUGAUGAUGACAAUGAUGAUGGAGGGAAUGAAAAUGAUGAGGAGGAAGAUGAAGAUGAGGAUAGUGAGGAUGACGAUGAAAGUGACAGUGGCCCCGAUCUUGCGAGGGGCAAAGGAAACAUAGAAACUAGUUCCGAAGAUGAAGAAGAUAUGGCGUAUUUACUUCCAGAGGAAUCUGGUUUUGAGCAUGCUUGGAGAGAAUUAGAUAAAGAUGCUCCUCGGGCUGAUGAGAUUACGCAUCGAUUAGCAGUUUGCAACAUGGACUGGGAUAGAUUGAAGGCAAAAGAUUUGCUGGCUUUGUUCAAUUCAUUUAAACCUAAAGGAGGUGUUAUAUUUUCUGUAAAGAUAUAUCCUUCAGAAUUUGGAAAGGAGAGGAUGAAGGAAGAGCAAGUUCAAGGACCAGUAGAGUUAUUAAGCAUUCCUGAAGAUGCCCCUGAAAAGGACUGGACCUGUAGAGAAAAACUGAGAGAUUAUCAAUUCAAACGACUGAAGUACUAUUAUGCAGUAGUGGACUGUGAUUCUCUUGAAACAGCUGCUAAAAUUUAUGAGGAUUGUGAUGGCCUGGAAUUCGAAAGUAGUUGCUCGUUCAUAGAUCUAAGGUUUAUACCAGAUUAUAUUGCUUUUGAUGAUGAGCCCAAGGAUGUAGCCUCAGAAGUGGAUUUAACAGCAUAUAAGCCAAGAUAUUUCACAUCUGCUGCAAUGGGAACUUCAACGGUGGAGAUCACUUGGGAUGAGACAGAUCAUGAAAGAAUUACAACACUCAACAGGAAAUUUAAAAAGGAAGAGCUUUUGGACAUGGAUUUUCAAGCCUACUUAGCUUCCUCUAGUGAAGACGAAGAAGAGACGGAAGAGGAGCUACAAGGUGAUGAUGGAGUCAGUGUAGAAGAAGAUGGGAAAACAAAAAGAAGCCAGAAGGAUGAUGAAGAACAAAUUGCUAAAUAUAGGCAGCUCUUGCAAGUUAUUCAAGAAAAAGAAAAGAAAGGCAAAGAAAAUGAUAUGGAAAUGGAAAUUAAGUGGGUUCCAGGCCUUAAAGAAAGUGCAGAAGAGAUGGUCAAAAACAAAUUGGAAGGAAAGGAUAAACUGACCCCAUGGGAACAAUUUUUAGAGAAGAAGAAAGAGAAAAAAAGACUGAAAAAGAAACAAAAGGCUCUUGCUGAAGAGGCCAGUGAAGAUGAAGUUCCCUCUGAUGUUGAUAUGAACGACCCAUACUUUGCCGAAGAAGCUAAAAAAAUAGGUAUAAAAGAAAAGAAGAAAUCAACAAAAUUUGCAAAUGAUGGCACAUCUCCAGAGGAACAAGCUGAACUGGAAAGACAAAAGGCUGAAAUGGCUUUGCUCGUGAUGGAUGAGGAGGAAGAGAGCAAGAAACACUUCAAUUACAACAAGAUUGUGGAGCACCAGAAUCUGAGCAAAAAGAAGAAAAAACAGCUUAUGAAGAAGAAGGAAUUAUUGGAGGAUGACUUUGAGGUCAAUGUUAAGGAUGCACGGUUUCAGGCAGUGUAUACUUCCCACUUGUUCAAUUUAGAUCCUUCAGAUCCUAAUUUCAAGAAAACAAAAGCUAUGGAAAAAAUCCUUGAGGAGAAAGCCCGUCAGAGAGAACAAAAAGAACAAGAACUUACUCAGGCAAUAAAGAAAAAAGAGAGUGAAAUUCAGAAGGAAUCACACAAGAGAUCCAUUGAUCCUGCCUUGUCAAUGUUGAUUAAAUCUGUAAAAAACAAAACAGAGCAGUUUCAAGCAAGAAAAAAGCAAAAAGUCAAAUAGGUUAAACUACUCUCUGGAAAAAUAUCUGAAAAACUGACUCUUUAAGAGGACAACUCCAUGGAAAGGCAAUUCCAGGUUUGCAUUGUUCAUAAUUAUUUGAAAUGUUCGUGAGCUCUGCAAUGAUUUUUAUGUUUGUAGUAACAAAAUUCUUCUGUCUGCCCUUCAGAGUUUUGGAAUGCUUGGAAGGAUGGGUAUGCUGCUAUAGAGUUUAAGGAAUCUUAAUUCUUUUAAAAAUUAAAUUAAAACACACCUUCAAAGCCUUAAUACUCCUGGAUUUCAUCUGGUCUAGGUUUUGUAAACUAUUAACUGACCACUUAGAAGAAUUAGGUGUGCUGUAUAAAUAAAUGAAAAUAAAAACCAAAAUAGUCACUUGGAAUGAAUGAUAAAUAUGGUAGCUUCUGAAAGACAGUAGGAGUUUGGCCAGGUUUGUGGUUAAUAGUAAACUUGACAUUAUUGGUACAAAAUUUCAAGCCUGCCAACGUAGUAUGUUUUCAAGAAUAAAAGGAUGUAAGACUCAAUGAUAUCAAGAUAAUAAGGGCACAUAAACAGUCUCUGAAAGGGGAAGGAAAAAGGAGGAUAUCUAAAAUUGCUCAUAAUAACAGAAAAAUGCAGAGUAUUGUGUGGGGAAUG